AUUUAUCCAACAAUCAACUUUUAACUGAUGAUACUUUAAAAGAAUUAGGAAAUUCUUGUCCAGAUCUUACACAUUUACAAGUUAAUGAAUGUACAAAUUUCACGGAUAAUGGAUUCAUAUAUAUCUCAUCAAAAUGUACAAAACUUGAAGUGAUUGAUUUAGAAGAUUGUCCAUGUAUUAACGAUGAUGUUCUUCGAUCAUUCGCCGCUUACCUUUCAGAUCUUAAAGAGAUUUGUUUAAGUUAUUGUGAGCUUAUUACAGAUGACGGUGUAAACACUCUUUUACAACAAUGCACAAAAAUAUCUCAUAUAGAUCUUGAUCAUUGUCAAUUGCUAACUGACGCAGUUUUACAUAAUCUUUCUUUAUUAUUGAAUGAAGGUAGGGUUGAUUACAUGGAAGUAGAAAUAUAUGAUUGUCGUAAUAUUUCUAUUUCAGCGGUUAGGGAAACUGUAAAAAAAGCUACAGAUUCCGGUGUGCUACUAAAGCUUAAAGGAUAUUAUUCGUGGCAGGCUAAUAGUAAUACAGAUUCCGAUGACGAUGAUAAUAGGGGAAGAAAUGGUGGAUCUAGUUGG